CGUGCCGGGGCCGGGAUGGACGGCCCGAGCGGGGGCUGCCCGCCCGCCGCCACCGCCGCCCCGUCGCGGGCGAAGCUGCCGCUCGGCAUCGUCUUCUCGACGGCGCUUUUCUGCGGGGAGGGGGCGGCGGCCGCCGUCCUCUGCCUCUCCUACGGCCACUCCGACGACCGCUUCUGGCUGGCGCUCACCGUCUUCUUCGUGCUCUGCCCCUCCGUCCUGGUGCAGCUCACCCUCAUCUUCGUGCACCGCGACCUCAGCCGCGACCGCCCCCUCGUCCUGCUCAUGCACCUGCUCCAGCUCGGGCCCAUCAUCAGGUGCAUGGAGGCCCUGGUGGUCUACUGCUGGUCGGGGAAGGAGGAGGAGCCCUAUGUCACCAUCACCCGCAAGCGGCGGCUGCGGAAAGGCUACGAGGUGGAGAUGGAGCAGGAGGUGGGCCACUCGGUGCGCCGGCUGGCCACGCACCGCAAUGCCUUCAAGCGCAUGGCGGUCAUCCAGGCCUUCCUGGGCUCUACUCCGCAGCUCACCCUCCAGCUCUACAUCAGCGUCCUGGAGAAGUACGUCCCUGCCGCCCGAGCCGUCCUCAUGGGCAUCUGCCUGGUGUCGGUCACCUACGGGGCACUCGUCUGCAAUAUCCUGGCCAUCCAGGUCAAGUACGAUGACUACAAGGUCCAGCUGCGGCCGCUGGCCUUCCUCUGUAUCGUGCUGUGGCGCAGCCUGGAGAUCUCCACCCGCGUGGCCGUCCUCGUGCUUUUCAGCACUGUCUUCAAGCACUGGAUCAUCCCCAUCGCCCUGGCCAACCUGCUGGUGGUCUUCUUCUUGCCCUGGGUGCAGUUCUGGCGGAGCGGCACCCGCCUGCCCGACAACAUCGAGAAGAACUUCAGCCGGGUGGGCACGGUGGUGGUGCUCUGUGCCUUCACCCUGCUCUACGCCAGCAUCAACAUGUUCUGCUGGUCGGCUGUGCAGCUCAAGCUGGCCGACCGGGACCUCAUCGACAAGUCACAGAACUGGGGCCGCCUGGCCGUGUACUACGUGGCCCGGCUGGCAGAGAACACGGCCCUUGUCGUCCUCUGGUACUUCUUCAAGACAGACGUCUACGAGAACAUCUGCACCCCACUGCUGGUGGUGCAGCUGCUCCUCGGAUACUGCCUGGGCAUCUACUUCAUGCUCCUCUUCUUCCAGUACCUGCACCCCUGCCGCCAGCUCUUCCGGCACAACGUCGCCGACUUCCUGCACUGCGUCUGCUGCUGCCGGCACCCGCCGGGGACCCCUCUGCGCCUCCAGGCGCCCCACGAGCCUGGCGUGAGGCACAGCAUUGUCUGA